UUAGUUUAAAUGUGAAAAAUAAAUAAUUUGUUUUCAACGUUUUCGUAGAAUCUUUAAAAAAACGUACUAUUUAAUUUUUUACUUAUUUUAAUUAUAUAUAUUGUGCUUAAAUGUUACCUUUAAAGCCUCCGGUGUCUAAAAAGAAUUUAAAAGACAUUAAACUCUUAAUUUAUCCUAUUUAUGAUGAAAAUGGAAAAAUAUUCGAUGAGAGUUCAUGGCCUAAGUACCAAGGGAUUUUUAAUGGGCGAAUAAUAGUUGUCAACGAUUCAAAUGACAUAUCACGUCUUUGCAAUUUGGGUUAUUUUGGACAAUCUGGUGUAUUUGACAAGAACACAUUUGUAGACUACAAAACAUUACUAAAUCAAGUAUUUAAACAAAAAAAGAAUUGGCAUGCAAUGGAAUUAGUGCCAUUUGAAUUCCCUAGUAAUAUAGAAAAUAAAAAGGUUGAAGAAAUACAGGUUGAAAAUGAUGAUGAAAAUUGUCAAUUAAUUAAAGAACCUAGUACGUCUAAAAAAAACUUAACUGCUGAUUGCACACAAAAAAUUAACUUACUGAAACAAAAUAUACAAGACCAUACACUAGAAAAUUGUUUAGCCAACUACAUUAAAGAACCGAACACUAAUGAUAAUUUAGUUGUUGAUGGUACUCCUACUAAUUGGAAAGAUCUCAAAACUAAUUUUAAUAAAGAACUUAAUAAAUUGUUAAUCUUAUCUGGAUGUGAACAAAAUGUAUUAUAUUAUUUACUUUUAGAAGAAGCUUUUUUUUUAUGUUAUACAUUAGAAUGUUUGGAGAUACAAGGAGAAAAUGGUUUAGUAAUGAAUGUACAGGAGUGCUGGAAGCAAUUUAAUGGUUUAAAAAAAGAUUUUCCAUAUUUUUAUGCUGCAUAUCAUUAUUAUAGAUCAAAAGAGUGGGUGGUUAAACCAGGACACCAAUAUGGUGGUGAUUAUGUGUUGUACAAAUUGUCACCUUUUUAUUACCAUUCUUCAUAUGUGGUCGUAGUCAGCAUUAAUGGUCAAAAUAGUGAAUUGUUGUCAUCAUGGCCAAUGUGGUUUGGAUGCAGUCGAGUAAUAGAAGCUGCUAAUAAGGAUUUAUUAAUAUGUACAGUUCAUGGUCCUCCAUAUGAAGAAGGAAUGCCUAUAGAUCUAACUCAAUACACUGUAAAGGACACUAUUGUAAGACGUUGGUUGCCAUCUCAAAACAGAAUGAAACCUUAAUGUUGUUAAUAUGACAUAAAUAAUAAAUAUAGUCAGUGCCGUGUACCACUUUCAAACAUUUCCAUUGUCAAUUAUUGCUUCUCAUGCAUGGUAAAUGUUGUAAUCUUAAAUUAUAA